AUGGAAAAAAGGCACAAAACAGUGAAUUAUUUUAAUUUGAACUUGAAACGCACAGUCUUGGAUGUUGGAAAUAUAUUAAAGCAUAAAAAAGGAUAA